AUGUCCGCCGAGGUCUGGACGAACGGCAGGCGGUACGCGGGCCAGUGGAAGAACGCGAAGAUGCACGGUCGCGGCUGCUACACCUUCGCGACUGGUUGCGUCUACGAGGGCGAGUACCGGGACGACCUCAAGAGCGGCAAGGGCGUGUUCACUUGGCCCGAUGGCCACCAGUAUGAGGGCGAGUGGCGCGGCGGCAGGCAGCACGGCUCCGGCACCAUGACGUGGCCGGCGAGGGGAGGCGCGCCGGCGAAGGCCGAGUCCGGCAAGUGGGUCAACGGCCGUCGCAUCAUGGAGGGGGCGCCCUACAUGUCGCCCGAGCCGUCCGUCGCAGGGUCGAUGACGGGCCGGACUCGGGAGGCCCGCGGGGACGGCUCUGAGACCAAGAGCGUCGUGUCCCCCUCGCAGACUGGCGAGACCGGGUCCUUCCACUCCGUCCUGGAAGUGCUGGACGACCCCGAGGUGGGCAUCGAGUCGGCGGUGCGCCGCACACCGGGCGCCGACGCGCCCGGCGCGGGCGCGCAGGAGGGCAGCUGGCGCCUGUUGAGUCGGCUCUUUCCGAGGUCGAGCGCGGCGUGA